AAAUUGUCUGUUGUCUAUGGUCAUUCUUAACAUAACCUAACAAUCGGGUCUUAAUUUUCGUAAAAUUUAAGUAAUUUUAGGAAUUACAAAACCCACUAUAAAUUCUCAAUGAUGAAUGGUAUUAGGAUUAUUAGAAAUCUGCCCAUCCAGUGGCGUUCGUUUUCAAGAUGUGCCGUCUUACUUCAAGAAGUAACUCAUUCAGGCACCCCUCCUCUUACCAUACCAGUCCCAGAGGGUGUCGACAAACCAGUAUCCCCCAAAAUUGAAAAAAUUGUAUCAGAAAUCACCAACUUAAACCUCCUCGAAGUUUCUGAACUCAGCCAGGUUUUAAAGAAGAGGCUUAAUCUACCUGACGCUCCCGUUAUGCCAGUUGGAGGGUUUGCUGUAGCCGCUCCAGCAGUACAGGAUGAGGAAGAAGCUGCCCCUAAAGUCGUUAAGACCAGUUUCACUGUCAAACUUACGAAGUUUGAUGAUAAACAGAAGGUAGCACUCAUCAAAGAAGUCAAAAAUCUGCUGGAAGGAUUUAACCUUGUGCAAGCCAAGAAAUUUGUUGAAAGCGUACCCACAGUUGUCAAGGCUGAUAUAUCCAAAGACGAGGCAGAGAAACUAAAGGAAGUAUUAACAAAAGUUGGUGCUGUCAUAGAAAUAGAAUAGAUGGACAUAGUUUAAGUUAAGAUUUUAGAGUGUAAAUUAUUUAGAAAAUACCAAAAUAAAAUUAUAAAAACGAAA